CUUUUUUUUUUUUUUGUCGAUGGCAUGGUGCUAGUAUGUACGGCAGGAACAUCAUUGUCAGUAGGAACAACUACUAAUUAAAGAUAUUUCUGAUAUCUAGUGGAAAUUUGUUUACUAAUGCGGCUUUGUGAAGUACAUGUCAUCCAUCACAUCUCUAACAAUUCAACACUCAGCCUCAAAUUUUGAGGUUGCCAAUUCUACCCCGAGGUUAGUUAGCUAGCUAGCCGGGAUAACGAUAGCCGAUUAACAUUAAACCAGUUGAGUUAACAGCAACUCGGCAUUAACAGUUACUAGGUGCUGAAUUCGUAGGAGGUAUUUGAAACCGAACAGAUCAGAAGAAUAGCAUGGCAGAAGCCGACAAAUUGAACAUCGACUCCAUUAUACAACGUCUGCUGGAAGUGAAAGGCUCCCGACCUGGCAAAAAUGUUCAGCUGACAGAACAUGAAAUCCGUGGUCUUUGCCUCAAAUCCCGAGAGAUCUUCCUCAGUCAGCCAAUCCUGCUUGAACUUGAGGCACCCCUCAAGAUUUGUGGUGAUGUUCAUGGGCAGUACUAUGACCUGUUGAGGCUGUUUGAAUAUGGGGGCUUUCCGCCAGAGAGCAACUACCUGUUCCUGGGGGACUAUGUAGACAGAGGCAAGCAGUCCCUGGAGACCAUCUGCCUGUUACUGGCUUACAAGAUCAAAUACCCAGAAAACUUCUUUCUGCUGAGAGGAAACCAUGAGUGCGCCUCCAUUAAUAGAAUAUAUGGCUUCUACGAUGAGUGUAAGAGGCGAUACAACAUAAAGCUGUGGAAGACCUUCACUGACUGCUUCAACUGUUUGCCUGUUGCAGCCAUUGUUGAUGAGAAGAUAUUCUGUUGCCAUGGAGGUUUGUCUCCAGACCUGCAGUCUAUGGAGCAGGUGCGAAGGGUCAUGCGCCCCACUGAUGUUCCUGACCAGGGCCUCCUCUGCGACCUGCUGUGGGCCGACCCAGACAAGGACGUGUUGGGCUGGGGCGAGAAUGACCGUGGUGUCUCCUUCACUUUUGGUGCUGAUGUGGUCACAAAGUUCCUCCACAAACAUGACAUGGACCUAAUUUGUCGGGCCCAUCAGGUGGUCGAGGACGGAUACGAGUUCUUUGCAAAAAGGCAGCUGGUGACACUGUUCUCAGCCCCAAACUACUGUGGUGAGUUCGACAAUGCUGGAGCCAUGAUGAGCGUAGAUGAGACCCUCAUGUGCUCAUUCCAGAUUCUCAAACCUGCAGACAAGAAGCUGUUUUAUGGUGGUGGAGGGGGCAUGGGCUCUGGUCGCCCAGUCACUCCCCCAAGGAAAGCUAAGAAAUGACACCAGUAGUUUGCCCUUGACCUCCAACCCAUCCCUCCUGCCCUCUCUACCUCUCUUCUCCUUUCUUUCACCAAACGGCCAGAAAUCAAACCUAUACCCAGGGCUUUUUUCCUUUUUUAUCUUUACUUCUUAAUACAUUUAAUGUUACGAAUUAUCUGAGUGUGAGUGUGUGCGCAGAUGACAGAGCGCCAUUGACUGCCGUUGAGCAUUAAAGUCAUGUGUGAAUGUGUACAUUUUGUGCGAGAGGAUUAGAGAUUUAUACUUUCCCCUCUCUCUUACCACUCUUCCCGUGGAAAGGCUGAAACCACAGUGUCCGUCUGUACAGUAACUUUGACUGAAAAAGCAGGGACUGGGAGAUGGUGUGAGAUCACUGACAUGAUGAAUUUAGCAUCAAACCCCUGCCAGCAGGUGGUGUGUAUGUGUGUGUGUAUGUGAGCGUGUAUUCAUGGAUUAGGGAAGUAUUUUGUUUUCCCUGUCCUCUGUACUGUAAAAUCUCAAACACAGGUAUAUGUGUGUGUGUGUGUGUGCGUGUGUGUGUGUGCAUGCAUGCAGAGACUUGCUUUGUCUUCUGAGUGUUAUAUCUCAGCCUCGAUGAAGAGGAAGGAGCAUGUCAGCUGGUCUCACAAAAGCAAGCACAUGCUUACUCACACACACACACACACACACACACACACGACUUCAGAUUCUUAUGAGCCAGAGCUGUAAAAACCCCAUGCAGUUUAGGUUUGUACAGAUUUGAUUACUUGAAAGAGAUUUUUUUUUUUUUUGUGAAUGCAUUUUGUAGUCUUUCAUCAGGUUGACAAAUAAAGCGAGGAUCUGCGCUGCA